UGCCUGCCAUUUCGUCAUGUCCUUGAAAGUUACGCACACAACGUACACCAGAGAACCGAGAAACCGAGAGAGAGAGAGAGACGACCCGAAUCCGAACCGAAAAGAAAAUGGGCAAGGAUCUGAGCGAGGAGCAAGUCUCAUCAGUCUCCUCUCUCAAUAAAUUCGCAAACUUUCUCAUUUUCACUUUUCCCAACACACUCCUCUCCCCCUUAUAAAAACACCCACCACCAUUUUUGAUAAAGACCCCCACAAGAAAAACCCCAAAAUCCCACUAACAAAGAUUUUUUUUUUUUUAAAAAAAAAAAGCCCACACCGCUGGACCACCGUCUCAACCGCCGCUGCCACUAUCAAAAAAAAGUUGUGGUUUUUUUCUAGUUUUUUUAGGUACCCAGUAUGUCCUCACUACUCGAUUCCACUCCACCGUCAACACCAGGGAAAUUCAAACCGGAAAAGUCGCCGCCGCCGCUUAUCUCCACCACCCUCAUCACCGGUUUCUCCGCUUACAGAAACUCACUUUUUAUUCCUUUCUUUUGUUAACUUAGAUUAAAGCAGUGGUUUUUUAAAGAAAUUUUUUAUUAAUUUAUUCUUUUACAGUACUUAGGAUGGCUCUUUUCUUUUAAUUUAAUAUUUUUAUAUUUUUUUGUAUGUUUUAUUUAUUUAUUUAUUUUAGUGGCUUUGAAGAAAAUAAACAAAUUUUUUUCAUUCUGUCUGUUUGAUUCUUUAAUUGAACUUGCUCAUUUCUCUUGGCCAUAAUCAUUAACACCAAUUUCUUUUCCUAUGUAUCUCAAAUUUCCUAUCCUUUUCUACUCUGUACGAUACACACAGCUAAACAUCAGAAGCCCUGAUCUCAGAUUGUUUAGAUACUGUCAUUUUGAUUCAAAACUGGAUUUAGAUUCUUCAAACCUAACACCAACUGCAAACCCACGAAAACCCCAUAACAGCGUUGCAAUUUUCUGGGAUUUAGACAAUAAGCCACCAAAUUCAUUCCCUCCAUAUGAAGCUGCUUUUAAGCUCAAAAAGGCAGCAUCUUCGUUUGGGUUUGUUAAAUACAUGGUGGCUUAUGCUAAUAGGCAUGCAUUCAGUUAUGUCCCACAUGUUGUGAAAGAGCAAAGAAAAGAGAGAAAAUUGUUGAAUCAUUUAGAAAAAAAGGGUGUGAUUAAACCAGUUGAACCAUAUCUAUGUAGAGUGUGUGGGAGAAGGUUUUAUAAUAAUGAGAAAUUGAUUAAUCAUUUUAAGCAAAUUCAUGAGAGAGAACAGCAGAAGAGAUUGAAUCAGAUAGAAUCAGCAAGAGGGAAAAGGAGAGUUAAUUUAGUGGCUAAAUAUGCUAUGAAGAUGCAAAAGUAUAAGAACGCAGCAAGGGAUGUUUUGACUCCAAAAGUAGGGUACGGUUUGGCUGAUGAGUUAAAAAGAGCAGGUUUUUGGGUUACAACUGUAUCAGAUAAGCCACAGGCUGCUGAUGUAGCAUUAAGGGAGCAUAUAGUGGAUAUGAUGGAUAAGAGGAGAGCAGAAUGUUUAGUGCUUGUAUCAGAUGAUUCAGAUUUUGUUGGUGUUUUGAAAGAGGCUAAAUUGAGGUGUGUGAAGACAGUUGUUGUUGGGGAUAUAAAUGAUGGGGCAUUGAAGAGGGUUGCUGAUGCGGAGUUUUCUUGGCAGGAGAUAUUGAUGGGAAAGGCUAAGAAGGAGGCAGUAUCUGUUGUGGGAAAGUGGAAGGACCGUGAUAUUUUGAAGAAAUUGGAGUGGACAUACAAUCCAGAGGAACAAAAGAAGUUUGUGGUUAAUGCAUUUAAUGAUUACAAUAGUGAUAAUGAUGAGAUUGAUAAUGGGGAUUUUGAUGGUUUCAGUGAUGAAAAUGGGGCUAAUUGUAUGCAAAAGGAAGCUGUCGGUGCUUGGUGGGAGCUGAACUCGGAGACUGAACCUAUUUCUUAGAAAUUAUGCUAAUGAUCGUUUGGAGGUCGCAAAUUGGAUCAGUUUUUCAUGAAUUGGUGGAACUCAACAUUACUUCAAUGAAGUUGAACAAUCAGACUGCGUGAAAGCAUGGAAUCUGAUUGCUGCCACCUUAUUCUGCACUCCAGGAAGAAGUUUAUGAUUCUUAAGCCCUCCCCUGUGGCGAAAAUAUAAAUCAGAAAGGGAACUAUGUUGGAGCCGAUAUUGUGACUGGCGGAACAGACACAACAUCAACAAUGGUUGAAUGGGUAUUUGCAGAGGUAAUGAAACAUCAAGAAAUAAUGGAAAAGGUCCAGCAAGAAUUAGAUGAAGUUGUGGGGUUGAAUAACUGUGUGGAAGAGUUCCACUUGCCCAAACUAUGUUAUCUAGAUGCUGUGGUUAAGGAGACACUCCGCUUGCAUCCUGCACUUCCUUUGCUAGUGCCUCGUCGUACAAGUCAACCAUGCGAACUAGGAGGAUAUACCAUUCCCAAAGGAACUACAAUUUUCCUAAAUGUUUAUGCUAUUCAUAGGGAUCCUCAGUUUUGGGACAAUCCCUUGGAAUUCAGGCCUGAGAGGUUUUUAAACAACAUAAAUGCCGGAAAUUUUGAUUUCUCUGGCAACAAUUUUCAGUAUCUUCCAUUUGGAUCAGGAAGAAGAGUUUGUGCUGGGCUGCCUCUGGGAGAGAAAAUGUUGAUGUACCAAGUGGCUACGUUUCUGCACUCAUUUAACUGGAAGUUACCCAAUGACACAGAGCUAGAAUUAUCGGACAAGCAUGGGAUUGUUAUUAGGAAAUUGAAGCCUUUGGUUGCUAUACCAACACCUAGACUAUCUAAUUUAGACCUCUACUAGGGGGAGAUGUAUCUGCAUAUUUCCUUUCAAGUUACAAAGCAACACUCAUAAAAUGGCUUGCCUUGCCAACCUAGUUUGGAAAUAAUUAUUGCUGUAUCCGAAACUUAUUCCCUUCUCCUGAAUAUGUAAUAUUAUUUUGUUCUUAUAAACAGAUUGCUGUAGUAAACUACUAAAAUACUAUUCACUCGAAUACUUUCUUUGUCAA